AUGUGGUGGCUGCUGAGAACAAUCUGCCUUAUCCAUGUUUUUGGAAAAAUAUUUUGUUUAUUUAUAAAAACCGACAAUCCUGAAGCUCACAUGAAUGUUAGUGAGAUCAUUACCUUCUGGAACUACCCAAGUGAAGAGUAUAAGGUCAAGACCGAUGAUGGCUACAUCCUUCCACUUAACCGAAUUCCUCAUGGGAUAAACAACACUGAUAGUUCAGCUCCAAAGACAGUGGUAUAUUUACAGCAUGGCUUGUUUUCAACUGCUGGUGUGUGGGUUGCCAAUCAUCCCAACAACAGUCUGGCCUUCAUUCUAGCCGACUCUGGAUUGGAUGUGUGGAUGGGGAACAGCAGAGGAAGCACCUGGGCAAAGGAACAUGUGAACCUAAGCACAGAUUCUAAAGAAUUCUGGGCUUUCAGUUAUGAUGAGAUGAUAAAAUAUGACCUUCCAGCCACCAUUAAUUUCAUUCUGAAUAAAACAGGACAAAAGCAGAUUUACUAUGUUGGCCAUUCUCAAGGCACUCUUAUCGCUAUGGGGGCAUUUUCAACAAAUCAACAACUGGCUGAAAAGAUUAAAAUGUGUUUUCUACUGGGUCCAGUUGCUACUGUUAAAUAUGUCAAAGGCUCCGGGCGCAGUCUAGCUUACUUCACUCCAACGUCUUUCAAGCUCCUAUUUGGUGAAAAGGAAUUUUUGCCUACUGCAGAUUUCAGUAAGGUGUCUCCCUAUAUAUGUGACAUCAAGGAGGUCAAUACUGGAUGUGUUGCUCUCCUGACAUCGCUGACUGGAUAUGCUCCAGAACACUUAAAUACAAGCCGCGUUGAUGUGUAUAUAAAGCACGGUCUAGCAGGAACAUCAGUUCAAAUUCUUGUACAUUAUUCUCAGGCAAUUAAGAAAGGUGUAUUUCAGGCUUAUGAUUGGGGAAGUCCAUCUCUAAAUAUGCUACACCACAAUCAGACUACUCCUCCAUUAUACAUUGUGGAAAACAUGAAGGUUCCAGUAGCCAUGUGGAGUGGUGACAAAGAUUUUUUGGCUAAUCCAAAAGAUGUUGCAAAUUUGGUACCCAAAAUCUCCAACCUCACGUUUCAUAUGAAUAUUCCUAGUUAUAGCCAUAUUGAUUUUGUGACGGGAUUACAUGCUAAGAGUUCAGUUUCUGAUAAAAUUGUAAACAUUAUUAAAUCAGUAUGAAAUUUUGCUCUAGUUUUUUGCAUGCUUUUUAAAUCCUUCUGAAAGUCUCUUGUUUUAUAAGUGCAAAUAUUUUCUU